GCUCCCAUCCACACUCGACCAAUUGACUCAAACCGGACCCAAACCAAUUCCGGUCGCCUCCGAGUCUUUUGUUUGUGUGUUUUAAUUUCAGUUUUCCGGGAAAAAGAUGCUUUCAAGCUAGAUCUAAUAUCAACUGUGUUGAUAUUUUCAAAAAAGUAAAAGCCUAUUUGAUCAAAAAUUUUUAAAAAAGCCGAAGAGAUGGUGGGUUGGCUCAUCUGCCUACUCCUGACAACAUUCGUCAACUCGCUGCCCUAUUCCAGUGCAAACGGUCUGAUGGUGAUGACCGUCGCGACGAACAGGACGGACGGCUUUGUUCGAUACAUGCGUUCUGCUGAACAUUUCGGCCUCGAGGUCGAGGUGCUCGGUAUGGGCGUCGCCUGGGAAGGCGGCGACAUGAACUACAGGGGCGGAGGUCACAAGGUGAACCUUCUGAAGAAGGCCCUCAAGCCGUAUAAGAACGACAACCAGCGUCUCGUUCUUUUCACGGACAGCUUCGACGUCAUCUUUAUGGGCGGCGCUGAAGAGAUAGCGGCCCGAUUCGCCGAGAUGGACUCGAGGCUGGUGUUCUCGAGCGAGUCACUGUGCUGGCCCGAAGAGGAGCUGGCCGAACAGUACCCCCAGGUCGAGGAUGGUUACAAGUACCUCAACUCGGGAGGCUUCAUCGGCUAUGCCAGCGAUAUUUACGAGAUACUCAAACUGCACAAGAUCAAGAACAAUGACGACGACCAGCUCUUCUACACUAAGAUCUACCUGAACAAAGCACUGAGGGAGGAGCAUAAGAUCAAGCUCGACCACAAGGCCCUCAUAUUCCAAAACAUAUAUGCUGCGGAAAAGGACGUCAAGCUCGUGACGGACGGCACGGACGAAAGGGGUUCGUACAUAGUCAACGAGGCGACGGCAACGAGGCCGCUCAUCCUCCACGGGAACGGCAAGAGCAAACUCCUCCUCAACUCAAUCGGCAACUACGUUGGAGGAGGCUACGACGACACAAGGGGGUGCACGUCAUGCAAGAAGCACGAGCAGGGGGCGGCUGAUGGCAAGACGGUAUUAAUGACCAUUGUCGUGUCGAGGGACUCGCCGUUUCUCGAGGAGUUUUUUGAAGGGGUCGCUCUACUGGCUCACCCGGCUGACAGACUACACCUCUUCAUCUACAACAAGGUGAAAUUCCACGAGCCCAUCGUCCAGGCCUUUGUCAAGAAGAACUCGAAAAAGUACUCCUCUGUGAAGCAGAUCUUGCCAGACGAUAACCUUGACGAGGAUUCUGCCCAGGAUAUCAUGAUGGAAUAUUGUUUGAAAAAAGAGUGCGACUACCUUUUUGUCCUUUAUUCUCUCGCCAUGCUGGAAAGGCCAGACACGAUAUCAAGGUUGAUCCAGCAGGACAAGAGUGUGAUAGCACCCCUCCUAACGAGGUACAACGAGGCCUUCUCCAACUUCUGGGGUGCGCUCAACACCGACGGCUUCUACGCACGGUCCUUCGACUACAUGGAUAUAGUCAACAAUAGGAAAAGGGGCGUCUGGAACGUGCCGUACAUCUCCGUCUGCUACCUCGUCAAAUCAUCCCAGCUCUCGUUUCUGAGUGGGGCAUAUAAGAGCGACAAAUACGACCCAGACAUGGCGUUCUCGAGCUCGCUCCGUGAGAAGGGUGUACAUAUGUAUGUCGACAAUACGGUCGACUAUGGCUACAUGACAAACCCGGACAGCUACGACACGAAGCUGUUAAAUGCUGAUUUCUACCAGGUCAUUGACAACCAGCACCAAUGGGAGAGGAGGUACCUACAUGAGAACUACUCGCAGGCUUUGCAGCCCGGCUCGACGAUCCAGCAGCCUUGCCCUGACGUCUACUGGUUCCCCAUUACGACAGCCAGGUUCUGCAACGAACUCAUUGGAAUAAUGGAAAACUUCGGCAAAUGGUCUUCAGGGACCAACACGGAUGAACGACUGGCAGGUGGAUACGAGAACGUUCCAACGAGGGACAUACACAUGAACCAGGUUGGACUAGAGAAACAAUGGCUCCACAUCCUCGGCGAGUACGUCCGCCCACUUCAGGAGCACGUCUUCACCGGCUAUUUCCACGACCCUCCCAGGUCUCUAAUGAACUUCGUCGUCAGGUACAGGCCGGACGAACAGCCUUCACUAAGGCCGCACCAUGACUCAUCGACUUACACUAUCAACAUCGCCCUGAACCGGCCCGGUCUCGACUACGAAGGAGGCGGAUGCCACUUCCUCAGAUACAACUGCAGCGUCACCAACACGAAAAUGGGCUGGAUGCUCAUGCACCCAGGCAGGCUGACGCACUUCCACGAAGGGCUCAGGGUCACGAAAGGCACGAGGUACAUCAUGAUCUCGUUCGUCGACCCGUAAAUACUCAAAAACUACGACACAACCUAAUGUAAGUCGGGAAAAAGGGCGAAAUGGGGCGGACCCAAAUUUCUAACCGUAAAUGGCAAUUAUUUUCCCCCCCACAGGAGAAAGCAACCAAAGUGCACUGCCAAACUACGCUAUGGAAGGAUUCCCAAAAGUUGAACCUAAAAAAAAAAUUUUUUUUCUAUUUAGAAUAUAGUCUGGAUUUUUAUUUUUUAUGAUUUGUACUUUUCAUAAAUGUGUAAUGUAAUAUAUAUUUUUUAGUAGCCAAUCCCUAUUAAAGUGGUUGGAGGAGAAGAAAAUUCUGUUUAUAAUUUAUAAUAUUUAAAACAGUAAAGGAUUAUAUUAUUUAAAAAUAACUUA